AUGAAAUAUAAUUACCCCAUCAACAUCUACUCUAAAUUAACCUUAGCCCAAGCCAACUUAGGGAAUGACACAGAUAAUGUGGUGUAUACUUUCCAGCAAAUGUUGCAGUCUUGGUUGGACCAAUAUUCCUGGGCUGGAAUCAAAAUUAUAGUUUCCUUCUAUGACAUAAAGCAUGGAUUAACCAGCACAGAUCUAUCCUAUAAUCUUAUCACUGUUUAUGGAAGUCAGUCGUUAGACUAUUACUUGAUGCAAAUCAUUUACAGUCAUUUCAUUGCACAAUCAAGACAACUGACAGUUAAUGGUACAGACUAUGAGAUAUUAGCAUUUAAAGUCUAUGAGACUUUUGAAGAAGCAAGACUUAACAUCAAUCCCAAAGUAUAUCAAAUGUGUCAGUCUAAUGGAAUAUGUCCAUCUAACAGCACUUGUUUAAACUCAGAGUUUCUGCCAAUCUGUCAAGUCAUUUGUGAUUAUGGCAUGUAUGCUGAAAAAGAACAUUGUGUGGCCUGUCCAUCUGGAAAAUCUACUUUAGUCCAAGGAGCUGAUUCGCAGCAUUACUGCAUUGAAAACUGCCAACCUGGUUACCACCUGACUUUUGAUAAACUGACCUGUGAGCCUUGUCCACAAGACAUGUACUGGAGUGAUGCAGAUAAAACAUGUCAUGUCUGUCCAUACACUUCAUACAACUCAACUUCUUGUCUUGAGGGAGAAGUGAGGGCUGUCAACAAUACACUUAUAAAUAUUGAGUUGAAUUUAACCAUUGUUACACCCAAAUGCCUGAAUAAAGACCCACAGUAUUUUAACAAUGUGAAUGAAAAAGAAUUGGUGCGACUCAUGAUCUCACAAAAUUAUUAUUCAAGAACCUAUGUACCAUCUUCAAGUCAGACCAAUAGCCAUGAUCAAAGUUCAGUAGAGGCACUAAUGGUGGCAUUAUAUGAUACUUCAAAAUUAUAUCAAUGGAUUCCAAUAAUGAACUACCAACCCAUUAGACUGGUGCAACCUUUUGAAAUCAAAAUAACUUCUAUAGAUGAUGUCAGCCAACAAGUGUUGUACGUAACAAAUAUCUGGUCAAGACAAAAUUACUGGACAGAUCAACUGCAGGUUUACAACACUAUAUUCCAAAAUAUACCAGAGUUUAUCAGCACCUAUUUACUUAGUAGCUACAGUCCAUCCUAUGACACAACCAUCUCUUAUUAUGAAAUUUGGCUCCGAAAAAAUGUGGAUGACCUUCUGAUUGAACGCAUGGCUAAAACUAUGGUAUUGUCCCAUGAAAAAUUAGGAGGCAAUCUAACAGGACCACUACUUUUAUACAAGACACAGCAAGAUAGAGCAGAUGGAAAGAUGGCCACCACUUGGAAAGAUGUAAUCAACAGUCUUUCAGUUGGCCAGUAUUUUUGUAGUGGAGGAAACUUUAUCCUUACUGAUAGAGGCAAUGGAUAUUUUGACUGUAUUGAAGCAUGUGGAAAUUGGACAUGGGGAGAAAACUGCACAGAGCAAUGCAACUGCACCAAAGGCAACACUGUGGUGUGUGAAAGAGAAAAAGGCUCAUGUAUCUGUACAUCCAACUUUGAGGGAUCAUCCUGUGAACAUCUCAUUGAUCGUUGUGCAUUGUAUUCUCCUUGUGAUGAACACUCUGAUUGCAUCAACCUUCUUACACAUUAUGAGUGUAGAUGCCAUGAAGGCUACAAGCAUAAUCCCUACAACACAAAUAUUUGUGAAGCAUGCAGUGGCUGGACAUUUGGCUCUGACUGUAACUCCUCAUGUAGUUGUCACACUGACAAUACAGAGAGCUGUGAUGGCUUGAUUGGAAACUGUACAUGUAAAUCUGGAUUUGAAUCAACAUUGUGUGAUGUUGACAUGAAUGAAUGUCUACAAAAAGUUAGCCCUUGUGCUGAAAACUUGCAGUGUUACAAUACAUAUGGAAGCUAUCUGUGUGUUGAAAACUUUGUCUACUCAAAAUUAACCUUAGCCCAAGCCAACUUAGGGAAUGACACAGAUAAUGUGGUGUAUACUUUCCAGCAAAUGUUGCAGUCUUGGUUGGACCAAUAUUCCUGGGCUGGAAUCAAAAUUAUAGUUUCCUUCUAUGACAUAAAGCAUGGAUUAACCAGCACAGAUCUAUCCUAUAAUCUUAUCACUGUUUAUGGAAGUCAGUCGUUAGACUAUUACUUGAUGCAAAUCAUUUACAGUCAUUUCAUUGCACAAUCAAGACAACUGACAGUUAAUGGUACAGACUAUGAGAUAUUAGCAUUUAAAGUCUAUGAGACUUUUGAAGAAGCAAGACUUAACAUCAAUCCCAAAGCACUUGUUUACUCAGAGUUUCUGCCAAUCUGUCAAGUCAUUUGUGAUUAUGGCAUGUAUGCUGAAAAAGAACAUUGUGUGGCCUGUCCAUCUGGAAAAUCUACUUUAGUCCAAGGAGCUGAUUCGCAGCAUUACUGCAUUGAAAACUGCCAACCUGGUUACCACCUGACUUUUGAUAAACUGACCUGUGAGCCUUGUCCACAAGACAUGUACUGGAGUGAUGCAGAUAAAACAUGUCAUGUCUGUCCAUACACUUCAUACAACUCAACUUCUUGUCUUGAGGGAGAAGUGAGGGCUGUCAACAAUACACUUAUAAAUAUUGAGUUGAAUUUAACCAUUGUUACACCCAAAUGCCUGAAUAAAGACCCACAGUAUUUUAACAAUGUGAAUGAAAAAGAAUUGGUGCGACUCAUGAUCUCACAAAAUUAUUAUUCAAGAUUCUGUGUAUCAUACACUGGCUGUGGCAAUGUAAUUACCAACUAUGCUGGCACUGAAAUUUGUGUUCCAGACACUUCAUGCACUUUAAAUGGGACAUGUACACAAUACUACAGCCAAAUUCAACUUGGCGUUUAUCAUAUUGGAACCUAUGUACCAUCUUCAAGUCAGACCAAUAGCCAUGAUCAAAGUUCAGUAGAGGCACUAAUGGUGGCAUUAUAUGAUACUUCAAAAUUAUAUCAAUGGAUUCCAAUAAUGAACUACCAACCCAUUAGACUGGUGCAACCUUUUGAAAUCAAAAUAACUUCUAUAGAUGAUGUCAGCCAACAAGUGUUGUACGUAACAAAUAUCUGGUCAAGACAAAAUUACUGGACAGAUCAACUGCAGGUUUACAACACUAUAUUCCAAAAUAUACCAGAGUUUAUCAGCACCUAUUUACUUAGUAGCUACAGUCCAUCCUAUGACACAACCAUCUCUUAUUAUGAAAUUUGGCUCCGGAAAAAUGUGGAUGACCUUCUGAUUGAACGCAUGGCUAAAACUAUGGUAUUGUCCCAUGAAAAAUUAGGAGGCAAUCUAACAGGACCACUACUUUUAUACAAGACACAGCAAGAUAGAGCAGAUGGAAAGAUGGCCACCACUUGGAAAGAUGUAAUCAACAGUCUUUCAGUUGGCCAGUAUUUUUGUAGUGGAGGAAACUUUAUCCUUACUGAUAGAGGCAAUGGAUAUUUUGACUGUAUUGAAGCAUGUGGAAAUUGGACAUGGGGAGAAAACUGCACAGAGCAAUGCAACUGCACCAAAGGCAACACUGUGGUGUGUGAAAGAGAAAAAGGCUCAUGUAUCUGUACAUCCAACUUUGAGGGAUCAUCCUGUGAACAUCUCAUUGAUCGUUGUGCAUUGUAUUCUCCUUGUGAUGAACACUCUGAUUGCAUCAACCUUCUUACACAUUAUGAGUGUAGAUGCCAUGAAGGCUACAAGCAUAAUCCCUACAACACAAAUAUUUGUGAAGCAUGCAGUGGCUGGACAUUUGGCUCUGACUGUAACUCCUCAUGUAGUUGUCACACUGACAAUACAGAGAGCUGUGAUGGCUUGAUUGGAAACUGUACAUGUAAAUCUGGAUUUGAAUCAACAUUGUGUGAUGUUGACAUGAAUGAAUGUCUACAAAAAGUUAGCCCUUGUGCUGAAAACUUGCAGUGUUACAAUACAUAUGGAAGCUAUCUGUGUGUUGAAAACUUUGUCUACUCAAAAUUAACCUUAGCCCAAGCCAACUUAGGGAAUGACACAGAUAAUGUGGUGUAUACUUUCCAGCAAAUGUUGCAGUCUUGGUUGGACCAAUAUUCCUGGGCUGGAAUCAAAAUUAUAGUUUCCUUCUAUGACAUAAAGCAUGGAUUAACCAGCACAGAUCUAUCCUAUAAUCUUAUCACUGUUUAUGGAAGUCAGUCGUUAGACUAUUACUUGAUGCAAAUCAUUUACAGUCAUUUCAUUGCACAAUCAAGACAACUGACAGUUAAUGGUACAGACUAUGAGAUAUUAGCAUUUAAAGUCUAUGAGACUUUUGAAGAAGCAAGACUUAACAUCAAUCCCAAAGUAUAUCAAAUGUGUCAGUCUAAUGGAAUAUGUCCAUCUAACAGCACUUGUUUAAACUCAGAGUUUCUGCCAAUCUGUCAAGUCAUUUGUGAUUAUGGCAUGUAUGCUGAAAAAGAACAUUGUGUGGCCUGUCCAUCUGGAAAAUCUACUUUAGUCCAAGGAGCUGAUUCGCAGCAUUACUGCAUUGAAAACUGCCAACCUGGUUACCACCUGACUUUUGAUAAACUGACCUGUGAGCCUUGUCCACAAGACAUGUACUGGAGUGAUGCAGAUAAAACAUGUCAUGUCUGUCCAUACACUUCAUACAACUCAACUUCUUGUCUUGAGGGAGAAGUGAGGGCUGUCAACAAUACACUUAUAAAUAUUGAGUUGAAUUUAACCAUUGUUACACCCAAAUGCCUGAAUAAAGACCCACAGUAUUUUAACAAUGUGAAUGAAAAAGAAUUGGUGCGACUCAUGAUCUCACAAAAUUAUUAUUCAAGAUUCUGUGUAUCAUACACUGGCUGUGGCAAUGUAAUUACCAACUAUGCUGGCACUGAAAUUUGUGUUCCAGACACUUCAUGCACUUUAAAUGGGACAUGUACACAAUACUACAGCCAAAUUCAACUUGGCGUUUAUCAUAUUGGAACCUAUGUACCAUCUUCAAGUCAGACCAAUAGCCAUGAUCAAAGUUCAGUAGAGGCACUAAUGGUGGCAUUAUAUGAUACUUCAAAAUUAUAUCAAUGGAUUCCAAUAAUGAACUACCAACCCAUUAGACUGGUGCAACCUUUUGAAAUCAAAAUAACUUCUAUAGAUGAUGUCAGCCAACAAGUGUUGUACGUAACAAAUAUCUGGUCAAGACAAAAUUACUGGACAGAUCAACUGCAGGUUUACAACACUAUAUUCCAAAAUAUACCAGAGUUUAUCAGCACCUAUUUGCUUAGUAGCUACAGUCCAUCCUAUGACACAACCAUCUCUUAUUAUGAAAUUUGGCUCCGGAAAAAUGUGGAUGACCUUCUGAUUGAACGCAUGGCUAAAACUAUGGUAUUGUCCCAUGAAAAAUUAGGAGGCAAUCUAACAGGACCACUACUUUUAUACAAGACACAGCAAGAUAGAGCAGAUGGAAAGAUGGCCACCACUUGGAAAGAUGUAAUCAACAGUCUUUCAGUUGGCCAGUAUUUUUGUAGUGGAGGAAACUUUAUCCUUACUGAUAGAGGCAAUGGAUAUUUUGACUGUAUUGAAGCAUGUGGAAAUUGGACAUGGGGAGAAAACUGCACAGAGCAAUGCAACUGCACCAAAGGCAACACUGUGGUGUGUGAAAGAGAAAAAGGCUCAUGUAUCUGUACAUCCAACUUUGAGGGAUCAUCCUGUGAACAUCUCAUUGAUCGUUGUGCAUUGUAUUCUCCUUGUGAUGAACACUCUGAUUGCAUCAACCUUCUUACACAUUAUGAGUGUAGAUGCCAUGAAGGCUACAAGCAUAAUCCCUACAACACAAAUAUUUGUGAAGCAUGCAGUGGCUGGACAUUUGGCUCUGACUGUAACUCCUCAUGUAGUUGUCAUACUGACAAUACAGAGAGCUGUGAUGGCUUGAUUGGAAACUGUACAUGUAAAUCUGGAUUUGAAUCAACAUUGUGUGAUGUUGACAUGAAUGAAUGUCUACAAAAAGUUAGCCCUUGUGCUGAAAACUUGCAGUGUUACAAUACAUAUGGAAGCUAUCUGUGUGUUGAAAACUUUGUCUACUCAAAAUUAACCUUAGCCCAAGCCAACUUAGGGAAUGACACAGAUAAUGUGGUGUAUACUUUCCAGCAAAUGUUGCAGUCUUGGUUGGACCAAUAUUCCUGGGCUGGAAUCAAAAUUAUAGUUUCCUUCUAUGACAUAAAGCAUGGAUUAACCAGCACAGAUCUAUCCUAUAAUCUUAUCACUGUUUAUGGAAGUCAGUCGUUAGACUAUUACUUGAUGCAAAUCAUUUACAGUCAUUUCAUUGCACAAUCAAGACAACUGACAGUUAAUGGUACAGACUAUGAGAUAUUAGCAUUUAAAGUCUAUGAGACUUUUGAAGAAGCAAGACUUAACAUCAAUCCCAAAGUAUAUCAAAUGUGUCAGUCUAAUGGAAUAUGUCCAUCUAACAGCACUUGUUUAAACUCAGAGUUUCUGCCAAUCUGUCAAGUCAUUUGUGAUUAUGGCAUGUAUGCUGAAAAAGAACAUUGUGUGGCCUGUCCAUCUGGAAAAUCUACUUUAGUCCAAGGAGCUGAUUCGCAGCAUUACUGCAUUGAAAACUGCCAACCUGGUUACCACCUGACUUUUGAUAAACUGACCUGUGAGCCUUGUCCACAAGACAUGUACUGGAGUGAUGCAGAUAAAACAUGUCAUGUCUGUCCAUACACUUCAUACAACUCAACUUCUUGUCUUGAGGGAGAAGUGAGGGCUGUCAACAAUACACUUAUAAAUAUUGAGUUGAAUUUAACCAUUGUUACACCCAAAUGCCUGAAUAAAGACCCACAGUAUUUUAACAAUGUGAAUGAAAAAGAAUUGGUGCGACUCAUGAUCUCACAAAAUUAUUAUUCAAGAUUCUGUGUAUCAUACACUGGCUGUGGCAAUGUAAUUACCAACUAUGCUGGCACUGAAAUUUGUGUUCCAGACACUUCAUGCACUUUAAAUGGAACAUGUACACAAUACUACAGCCAAAUUCAACUUGGCGUUUAUCAUAUUGGAACCUAUGUACCAUCUUCAAGUCAGACCAAUAGCCAUGAUCAAAGUUCAGUAGAGGCACUAAUGGUGGCAUUAUAUGAUACUUCAAAAUUAUAUCAAUGGAUUCCAAUAAUGAACUACCAACCCAUUAGACUGGUGCAACCUUUUGAAAUCAAAAUAACUUCUAUAGAUGAUGUCAGCCAACAAGUGUUGUACGUAACAAAUAUCUGGUCAAGACAAAAUUACUGGACAGAUCAACUGCAGGUUUACAACACUAUAUUCCAAAAUAUACCAGAGUUUAUCAGCACCUAUUUACUUAGUAGCUACAGUCCAUCCUAUGACACAACCAUCUCUUAUUAUGAAAUUUGGCUCCGGAAAAAUGUGGAUGACCUUCUGAUUGAACGCAUGGCUAAAACUAUGGUAUUGUCCCAUGAAAAAUUAGGAGGCAAUCUAACAGGACCACUACUUUUAUACAAGACACAGCAAGAUAGAGCAGAUGGAAAGAUGGCCACCACUUGGAAAGAUGUAAUCAACAGUCUUUCAGUUGGCCAGUAUUUUUGUAGUGGAGGAAACUUUAUCCUUACUGAUAGAGGCAAUGGAUAUUUUGACUGUAUUGAAGCAUGUGGAAAUUGGACAUGGGGAGAAAACUGCACAGAGCAAUGCAACUGCACCAAAGGCAACACUGUGGUGUGUGAAAGAGAAAAAGGCUCAUGUAUCUGUACAUCCAACUUUGAGGGAUCAUCCUGUGAACAUCUCAUUGAUCGUUGUGCAUUGUAUUCUCCUUGUGAUGAACACUCUGAUUGCAUCAACCUUCUUACACAUUAUGAGUGUAGAUGCCAUGAAGGCUACAAGCAUAAUCCCUACAACACAAAUAUUUGUGAAGCAUGCAGUGGCUGGACAUUUGGCUCUGACUGUAACUCCUCAUGUAGUUGUCACACUGACAAUACAGAGAGCUGUGAUGGCUUGAUUGGAAACUGUACAUGUAAAUCUGGAUUUGAAUCAACAUUGUGUGAUGUUGACAUGAAUGAAUGUCUACAAAAAGUUAGCCCUUGUGCUGAAAACUUGCAGUGUUACAAUACAUAUGGAAGCUAUCUGUGUGUUGAAAACUUUGUCUACUCAAAAUUAACCUUAGCCCAAGCCAACUUAGGGAAUGACACAGAUAAUGUGGUGUAUACUUUCCAGCAAAUGUUGCAGUCUUGGUUGGACCAAUAUUCCUGGGCUGGAAUCAAAAUUAUAGUUUCCUUCUAUGACAUAAAGCAUGGAUUAACCAGCACAGAUCUAUCCUAUAAUCUUAUCACUGUUUAUGGAAGUCAGUCGUUAGACUAUUACUUGAUGCAAAUCAUUUACAGUCAUUUCAUUGCACAAUCAAGACAACUGACAGUUAAUGGUACAGACUAUGAGAUAUUAGCAUUUAAAGUCUAUGAGACUUUUGAAGAAGCAAGACUUAACAUCAAUCCCAAAGUAUAUCAAAUGUGUCAGUCUAAUGGAAUAUGUCCAUCUAACAGCACUUGUUUAAACUCAGAGUUUCUGCCAAUCUGUCAAGUCAUUUGUGAUUAUGGCAUGUAUGCUGAAAAAGAACAUUGUGUGGCCUGUCCAUCUGGAAAAUCUACUUUAGUCCAAGGAGCUGAUUCGCAGCAUUACUGCAUUGAAAACUGCCAACCUGGUUACCACCUGACUUUUGAUAAACUGACCUGUGAGCCUUGUCCACAAGACAUGUACUGGAGUGAUGCAGAUAAAACAUGUCAUGUCUGUCCAUACACUUCAUACAACUCAACUUCUUGUCUUGAGGGAGAAGUGAGGGCUGUCAACAAUACACUUAUAAAUAUUGAGUUGAAUUUAACCAUUGUUACACCCAAAUGCCUGAAUAAAGACCCACAGUAUUUUAACAAUGUGAAUGAAAAAGAAUUGGUGCGACUCAUGAUCUCACAAAAUUAUUAUUCAAGAUUCUGUGUAUCAUACACUGGCUGUGGCAAUGUAAUUACCAACUAUGCUGGCACUGAAAUUUGUGUUCCAGACACUUCAUGCACUUUAAAUGGGACAUGUACACAAUACUACAGCCAAAUUCAACUUGGCGUUUAUCAUAUUGGAACCUAUGUACCAUCUUCAAGUCAGACCAAUAGCCAUGAUCAAAGUUCAGUAGAGGCACUAAUGGUGGCAUUAUAUGAUACUUCAAAAUUAUAUCAAUGGAUUCCAAUAAUGAACUACCAACCCAUUAGACUGGUGCAACCUUUUGAAAUCAAAAUAACUUCUAUAGAUGAUGUCAGCCAACAAGUGUUGUACGUAACAAAUAUCUGGUCAAGACAAAAUUACUGGACAGAUCAACUGCAGGUUUACAACACUAUAUUCCAAAAUAUACCAGAGUUUAUCAGCACCUAUUUACUUAGUAGCUACAGUCCAUCCUAUGACACAACCAUCUCUUAUUAUGAAAUUUGGCUCCGGAAAAAUGUGGAUGACCUUCUGAUUGAACGCAUGGCUAAAACUAUGGUAUUGUCCCAUGAAAAAUUAGGAGGCAAUCUAACAGGACCACUACUUUUAUACAAGACACAGCAAGAUAGAGCAGAUGGAAAGAUGGCCACCACUUGGAAAGAUGUAAUCAACAGUCUUUCAGUUGGCCAGUAUUUUUGUAGUGGAGGAAACUUUAUCCUUACUGAUAGAGGCAAUGGAUAUUUUGACUGUAUUGAAGUUUGUGGCAACUUUACUUGGAAUGAUAGCUGUGAUAUGGCUUGUAACUGUAUUAGGACUUCUUCCUAUGAGUGUUAUAAAGCUUCAGGAACUUGCAUUUGUAAAGAUGGUUUUAAUUCUGACACAUGUGGCACUGAUAUUAAUGAAUGCCUUGAAAAACCCUGUGGGGAAAAUAUGAAAUGUUUAAAUACAUUUGGAAGCUUUCAAUGCCAAGAAUGUGAACUCUGGACUUGGGGAGAUGACUGCAAACAAAUAUGUGAAUGCAAUCACAACAAAACUCAGAGUUGCUCCUCUGGAACUUGUUUCUGUCUGCCCAAUUACACAGGUGCAUCUUGUGAUCAAGUUGUAGAUAUGUGUUUGGAAUACUCUCCAUGCAGCAAUAAUUCAUUCUGUGUCAGCACUGAUGUUAACUCUUAUGUAUGCAGAUGUGAUAAUGGAUAUAAGAGCUCAGCCUUAAGUACAAAUAGGCCUAUCUGUGAAGAUUGUGGAAAUUGGACAUGGGGCUAUGAGUGUAGUCAAAACUGUCAGUGUAACAUUGACAACACUGUGAGUUGUGAUAAAGCCACUGGUUACUGCUACUGUAAAUCUGGAUUCCAGUCAAUAUUUUGUGAUCAAGAUAUCAAUGAAUGUGAGAUAGCACAGGACCUUUGUGCUAGUGACAAAUACUGUCUCAAUACUUAUGGGAACUACACAUGCAUCGACAUAAAUGAGUUGUAUCCAUAUGGUCCUAUUGCUGGUGAUACAGUUGUUGACAAAACUGAAGGAUCCAAAAUACACUUUACUCCAGGAAUACCAUUUGGGCAUGAAAGAAGUAAAUUUGCCUAUGUUAUGCCCAAUGGUGCCAUUUUAUUUAAUCAAGAAAGAGUCUGGUAUCCACAUUUUGAAUAUACUUUAUCACUGCUACCAAGUACUAAUGUACUGGCACCAUUUUGGUUUGACCAAAAUCCUUAUCAACCUGGUCAAAUAUUUUAUCAUCUUUAUGAAAAAGGCUCAUCAAAAUAUAAUGAAAAUAUUAUGCUGUCAAAUGAAAUUUUCAACAGAGCCAUUACAGAGGUAAAAGAACGCUAUAACUUGACUAGCUUCUUGGCUAUGUCUGUUCUGGUUGCAACAUGGGAAAACGUUGAACCAGAAUAUUGGUACACAUGGUACUGUCAGAAUUGGAAUAACUAUUACAAUUCUUAUUAUUUCAACUAUAAUAACUAUUAUAAUUGGUGGAACAUAUACAAAAAUUGCUAUCAAAAGCCAGGAGAAACCAACACUUUUCAGGCUGUGCUUGUAUCAGAUGGCCAAUCCUCGUUUGCUGUAAUCAACUAUAAAAUUGGAGCUAUGAAAUGGAAACUGGAUUAUGGAAGAAGGAUUGCAGUUGGUUUUGUCUAUUCAGAGACAAUCAAAGAUUAUGGUGUAACAUAUACAGAUAUCACAACCAAAAUGGAUACUACCAUUUGGAAUACAGGUAGCUAUGGCAAGUGGAUAGAACAAAUUGGUUUUCAAGAAAAUCCUGACAGCAAGUGUCUCAACUUUUAUUUAGCCAAUUAUCAUCUGAUUGGUGAUUUUGUGCAUCAAGAGAGAAUACAGGCCUUAUUUCAGUGUCCUUGUAGCUUAGAUCAAGGUAUAGGAGCUCAAUGGUCUGAGUAUAACUGGCUUGAAGAAUUAACCACUGAUGAAGAAGAGAACAUUUUCUGUUUAAUGGUGUCACCGUUAGCCAAAGCACGUUUGGAAAGAUUCAGUGGAAACCCUUACAAUGAGCUCUGUUGUUACAGAAGAUACAAUGAAUACUCAGAAUAUAUUUAUUACCGAGCUCCCAAUGCUGGCUACAUUUUGUUCAAUGACCCAUGGGUGAAUAAUGGUCGUAACCACAAAUUGGAAGAUUACAAUCCUCAUAAAUGGUGUUGUCAAGAAAGUAGCUCCCCUUCAUACUAUUGUACUCUGUUUAAUGCAGUCAAACCUAGUCCUAGAUGUACUUUAAAUCCUGAAAUAAUAUCAGCACGAGCACUGGGUGAUCCACAUAUUCAAACUCUCGAUGGUCAUAUGUACACAUUUAAUGGCUUGGGAGAAUACAUUUUACUGUCCCUACCGGAACAAGACUAUAUGCUUCAGGCCCGAACUAAACAAGUCCUCACCAGUCAAGGAAAUAGAAGCUUAGCUACUCUUUUUGUAGCUUUUGCUGCUGUGGAGGGAAAUUAUUCUAAAUUUCAAGUGGAGCUGGAUUAUGCUGAGACAGGAAUGGUCAUAGUAGCCAACAAUCAGGAUGUCACCCAAGAAUUUUACAUUGCAACGAACUUCAGUCAAACUCUUGGAAACAAUGCUAUUAGUCUGCAUAGGGAUGACAGAUCUAACAGAACGACUUUAAUAGCCACAUUUCCUUCAGGAAUUUCUCUCAAAUUUUUUGUUGGUUUUAAAAAUCUGGAGUUUGCUGUGGAUGUCUCUGUGUCUUACAAAGGCAAACUAAAAGGACUUCUAGGCAAUUUCAAUGAUGAUCCUAAUGAUGAUUUCAUUUUGCCUGAUGGCACAGUUCUUACUGGAGAUAAAAUUAGCACAGAGCGAAAUCUUUUUGAAAACUUUGGGAAAGAAUGGCAAGUUACUAGUACAAAUACUAUAUUCAGUUAUCUACCUGGAGAAUCAGCCCUAGACUACCAACAUCCAGAUUUUAAACCCCUAUUUAAAGAGGAAAUAGACUCUACCAGCUUAGCAAGGGCUCGUUCAAAAUGUAAUGAUAAUGAUGCUUGCAUCUAUGACUAUGUUCUCACUGAAAGUGAGCAGUUUGCAUUGAACAGUAAAAUUGCUAGUCAAGAAGCUGAAGCUCUCAAAAUAAUUCAAAGAAAUAUACUUCCUGUGAUAACAUUCAACACAAGUCAGUUGAACAGCAAGCAGCAAUGGGAAUUGACUCAUGGUAGAACUUCUGUUCUGACCUUCAAGGCCACAGACACAGAUGUGGAUGACAAUAUAACUUACCAUUUGACAGGAACCUUGCACAGAAGUGUUACCCUAGACUCUAACAGUGGCCUUUUGACUUACACACCUAAUGCCAGCUUGCCUUUGACUAUUGGUGUCAAGGCCAUGGACUCAAAAGGUGGUUCAUCAUCUGUUAUUUAUUUGGAUUUAGUUGUUUGUACAAGUUGUAACAAUUUUGGAACUUGUGAUUGGAAAGCAACUAGACAGAUUGAAAGAGAAAAUGGAAGAUUUCUUCUUGGAUUCUGUCAAUGUUUUCCAGCCUAUACUGGUGAAGACUGUGAAUCUGAAUUAGAUGCUUGCAAGCCUAACCCAUGUCUCCCUGGUCAGACUUGUAUUGACAAAGCUGCUGUAGAACAAGGAAACAGCACACUAGGAUAUACUUGUGAAUCUUGCCCUGAUGGCUUUCUGGACAUGAAUGGUACAUGCAUAGAUAUCAAUGAAUGUUUCACAAAUGAGACAUGUCCUGAAAAUUCUGAAUGUGCCAAUUCUAUAGGAUCUUAUCAAUGCACUUGUCUCCCUGGCUAUAGGCUUGAUCUAGUCAAUACUUCUAGAUGUCAAGAUAUUGAUGAAUGUAUUGAAGGGACCAAUAACUGUCAACAAAUCUGUGAAAAUAAUGAUGGCAACUACACGUGUGCCUGCUUACCUGGCAAUCUACUCACAACUGAUAAAUCAACUUGCCAGCUAGACUCAAGUAGUUUUGAACUGUGCUCUGGUAAAUACUGCAGUCAGACUUGUACUGUCACAAAUGGAACAGCUGUUUGUGGUUGUUUUAAUGGUUACACACUUGAUAAUGACACACAACACUGUAUAGAUCUCAAUGAAUGUACACUUGCCAAUUCACCUUGUAGCCAGUCUUGUGCUAAUACCAAUGGAAGUUUCCAAUGUUCUUGUUACCCAGGCUAUAAACUGAGUAAUGAUGGCACUACCUGUACAGUUUGUCCAAAACCAUAUUAUGGUAGCAACUGCUUAAGCAUGUGUAUUUGUAAUGGCCAUGGAACCUGUGACAGUGUCAAAGGUUGCAAGUGCAGUGAGGGCUGGAAGGGAGACAAUUGUAACCAGGAUGUCAAUGAGUGUGAUGAGAAUGGAGCCUGUCCUUUAGGCCAGAUAUGUGUCAACACACUUGGGUCAUUUCAGUGCAAAUGUCCAUUGGGCUAUGAAUAUGUCAGCAACCAAUGUCAAGAUAUCAAUGAGUGUUUGGAUAUUUUAGACAACACCUGUGAUUUUUCUACUCAAGACUGUGUCAACAAUCAAGGCAGUUAUACUUGUGAAUGUAGCUCUGGUUAUGCCAGGAAUGUCAACAAUGUUUGCACAGAUAUUGAUGAAUGUGCUGCUAAAACCCACAACUGUGAACAGAUCUGUGAAAACACUCCUGGGAAGUACAACUGUAAAUGUAACUAUGGUUACAAGCUCAGCCUAAACAGAACAGCAUGUAUUAAAAAUUUAGAUGUGUGUUCUGGAUCCAGUUUAAACUGCAGUGAUAUCUGUUCUGUAAAUCUGAUCACCAAUACACCUUACUGUCUAUGUAAGACUGGCUAUAUUCUUCAAGGAAACAAUACAUGCAUUGACAUUGAUGAAUGUCUGUAUGAGCAACUGAAUUUAUGCAGUCAAAAGGAUAGCUGCUUGAAUACUGAAGGUGGUUAUUCAUGUAGCUGUCAAUCAGGAUACUAUAUGGAUAACAAUGGUCGAACUUGUAUCGCCUGUGCUGAAGGUAAAUGGGGACUGGUAUGUUCCAAUGACUGUGCCUGUAGCACUGGAGCUGACAGAUGUGACCCUCAGAAUGGAUGUAUAUGUAAACCUGGAUUUACUGGAGUCCACUGUGACAAAGACUUGGAUGAGUGUUCCACUGGUCUUUUGACUUGUGGUGUCCGUGAGCAUUGUGUUAAUACCUUUGGCAAUGCCAGUUGUCAGUGUCUAGAUGGAUAUACCAGUGUUGGUGGACAGUGUCAAGAUGUGAAUGAGUGUGCUAAAAGAGAGACUAAUAACUGUAGCCAAGAGUGCAGAAACUAUGAAGGAGGAUUCUCUUGCAGCUGCUUCCCAGGAUUCAAGUUUGACCCACUUAACAAAACAUGCACUGAUGUUGAUGAAUGUCAAAUUGGUUUACACAACUGUAAACAAUUAUGUCAGAAUACAGAUGGUAGUUAUCGUUGUUCCUGUCUUGAUGGUUGGAAGCUAACUACUGACAGAGUUUCUUGCAUUGAAGCCACAAAAUGUCUUAACAAAACAUGUUCUGACAUCUGUGCUACUGUUGAUGGGGUGGACACAUGUUUUUGUCCUAAAGGAAAAGAAUUGGAUCCUAAAAAUAAAACACAAUGCAUUGAUGUAGAUAUGUGUAAAGGAAAUCCAUGUACAGAUGGCUGUGUUGAAACAGAGGAAGGAACAGGUUUUCUGUGUACAUGUCCCAUUGGCAAACUGCUUGCUGCUGACUCCAUCACUUGUACAGAUUGUUUAGAAGGCAGGUUUGGCAGCAACUGUUCCAGUCACUGUACCUGUGAUAGCACAAAUACCAUAACUUGUGACAAGGUCAAUGGAUCUUGUAUCUGUAAAACUGGAUGGACAACUGCAUCUUGCCAAGUUGAUAUCAAUGAGUGUCUACUAAAUCCAUCCUGUCCACUUCACUCCCAUUGUGUCAAUACUUUGGGCAGCUACAUAUGUAAAUGUGAUGUUGGCUACUACAGUACCACUACACAAUGUCAAGCAUGCUCUCCUGGCACAUAUGGUGAAGAGUGUAAGAACCAAUGUCAAUGUGACAUGACCCACAGUACAUGUGACCUUGCAACUGGACAGUGCACCUGUCACCAAGGAUGGACAGGAAAUCUGUGUGACACUGAUAUUAAUGAGUGUGAGAGCAGUGUAUGCGCAGUAACCAGCACAGAACACUGGAUUUGUCUGAAUACCCCUGGCUCAUUCAAAUGCACCUGUGCCGUAGGCUAUGCCAUCAACAAAAACAACACAUGUGAAGAUAUCAAUGAGUGUACACUUGCCAUAAAUGACUGCCAACAAGUCUGUCAAAAUAAAGUUGGAAGCUACUCUUGUCUGUGUAACUCAGGCUACCAUUUAAAUCAGACUGAUAAGAGAACAUGCUAUGAUAUCAAUGAAUGUUCCUCUGGCUCUACAACCUGUCAACAAGUAUGUAACAAUGUAGAUGGGGAUUUCUUUUGUUCAUGCCAAGUUGGCUAUCAACUGAAUGAUACUGAUAAGAGAACAUGUUACAAAGCUAAAGAGUUCCAGUUUCAACUUAAGAUAAUGUAUAAUGCUGACGGUAAAAACCUAAAAGAAAAAAUGUCCAAAGACUACAUUGAGUUGAAAUAUUUAAUAGAAACAAUACUGAAAGAGACAAUCAGUGCUUCACUUAAAAGUUUAGCCAAAAUCAAUGUUCUAAACUUGAGGCCAGGAAGUUUAAUUGUAGACUUCCUCUUGAUAUUGAUGGAUACUAAUGAAACCAGCGUAGUUGGCAAAAUGAUAGAAUCAUUUGUACAGAUUGAGGAAUCUGGCUUAAUGUUAAAUGGAUCAAAACUAGAAGCCUUUAUUACAGUGGGAAAUGUGACAGUGACACCAGCUGCAGAUAAAUGUUAUGUUCUUGGUCUGAUAGAACAGUGCAGCUCAGAUGAAUUUUGUCAGAUAGAUUCAAGAGGAAUAGCAAAUUGCAAGAAUGUGGCAGAAUCUGAAGGUAAAACGUUUCUAAUACUUGGACUCACCAUGGGAUUAACUUUAGGCAUGGCCUUACUUAUUUCCCUUGCAUGUUGUAUCAGAUACAGGAGACGAUUUAACAAAUUGAAAAGAGAUGAUGCUAACAGCAGUGAAAGAAGUUUUAACAUUCACCACCAAGGAUAUUUGUCAUAUCAAGAUAUGUAUUCCAAUGCACCUCCUGCAACAAGGGUCAAUCUGAGAAAUGAUAGAGAAAAACUUUUCCCAUAACUUAGUUAUAGACAAGUAAUACGUAUCUGUCAUUAUACAAUUUCUCUUAGAGAUUUAUAGACAAGCAAUACAAAUAUGUCAUUAUACAAUUUUUCUUAGAGAGUUAUAGACAAGCAAUGAAAAUCUGUCAUUGUACAAUUUCUCUUAGAGAGUUAGAUCUACAGACAAGGAAUACAAAUCUGUCAUUAUACAAUUUCUUUUAGUUAUAGACAAGCAAUACAAAUCUGUCAUUAUACAAUUUCUUUUAGUUAUAGACAAGCAAUACAAAUUUUUUAGUAUACAACCAAUUUCUCUCAUUUUUAAUAUUCAUUGUUAUCAAGUUAAUGUUUGUUAUUUUAAGUAUUAAUGUACCUUUACAUGAUAUACUGGAAAAGAUGUUAUACAAACAUAUUUUUUUUAUAAAAAAUCAUUUUGAAAUAUUUGAAUUUUUUGUUUUCCUAAUUGAAUGAAUGUUUUGAAAACUUUAUUGUGACACAUUACACACCCUCCAGUAACACAAUGAUUACGAUUACAUACAAACCUAAUAGGUAACCACAAAAUUUGAUUUAAGGGUUGAAUUUUUUUCAAAUCAUUGUUAUUAUACACAUUUCUAGAAAGAUAUUUGGAUGCUAGGAUUUUGUUCAUGAGAUUCCCUUACAUUGUAAGAUUUAGUCUGAAUGAGUUAAUUUUAACAUAGUAUUUUAUGCAAAUUCUUCAUUUUAAAAUUGAAACAUUGUUAUGACAUUAUUUGUCAAAUAUUUCAUUACUUUCAGGAUAAUGCAAAAUAUCUGAAUGUGUUAAUAAAAAAUAUGUUAAAGAGUAUGAAUUUAACUUAAAACCAAAAAUUGUUUUUGUCAUUGUGCAUUUAUUAUGAA